AUGUUUUUCUUCUCUCUAGAAAAUUUAAUUAUAUCAGAUAUAUUUGAUAUAGAAUUGACCACAUCACCGUUGAAACAAAUGUUAAUACAUUUAUGUCAAGCAAUAUUUGCCGCUAGUCAUACACUAUUACGUGCGAUCUUUAAUAUUGCACUAUAUUCAGUACUAUCUCGAAUAUUUUUAAAUUGGUUUGGUUUUAAUACUUUAUUAGCAUUUGUUUGUACAGCAUGGUGUAUAACAAAAAUCACCACAUAUGUUCGCCGUUUUUGGUUAACUACACGUUUACAAAAUAAAAAACCCAUAGAAAAAAUUAUUGUUAAUGAACUAGUAUGGAAAUGUAAUGAGGAUGACGAUAGUAGGCAUUUCAAAGAAAAUUGGAAUAAAUUAAUGCAAGAUGAUUAUGAACAUUCUUUUGCUAGUAUUGUUCGUGUUCCAUUUGAUAAUGGAUGGCUAUGUUUUGGUGUAAUGAUAUUUAUCGAUUACUUAACAAAUAAUACUGAUUUAUCUUAUUUAUCGGCAUUAUUUUGCACUGUUGGCUUCGUAGUUUUAGUAUGUUGUGGUAGUUCAAUAAGAUACCAGACAUUACUUAAUCGAGAAAAACAAGUACAAGAACAAGAACAGGAUGAUGAUUCGAGUGAAAAAUAUUUGGUAUUAAGCAAUAAUAUUCCAGUAGCCGCUCUUAAAAUAAAACAAUCGAAGUGGAAUAAUGCGUUUAAUGUCGUUUUUUAUUCGUGUCAUUCCAAAUACAUGGAUUAUAUUACUGAUAUUGCAAAUUUUUCUUUAAAAAACGUUCUCCAUCGUAUAGCGGUCUAUUGCUCUAAAUACGAUAAUUCACAAUGUCAAAUUUUAUGGAAUAUUCCAACAUAUAAAAUAGAGUGGACAUAUGCAUUACAAGUAAAUGGAUUUACAGGCAAAACUCUAUGGACAGAAUUUGCUUAUUUACCAUUCGUGAAGUCAACUGUAACACAAUAUCAAUAUGACUUGACUGUAGAGAAUAACAACGAUGACAAGUCACAUGGAGACAAUACGAAAAACAACGGUAUUGAGAUAGAUUGA